ACCACACUCAUCAUCAGAUCUUCAGAUCUUCAGUAGGCGAGAUCCGAUCCAGCUUUCCACCAUGAGGACCCUCUUCCUUGCCUUUGCUGUGAUCCUGCUCGUCACUGUGGUCAAUGCAGGCUACAAGCACCAUUGCCGAGACCGCUGCUACGGCACCUGUGGGACCUCGUGCAAAUAUGGGGUAGCUCGGCCAAGCUGUGCCUGCGCACUUCAUGGCGGUUACUGCUGUUCUACACGGCCUUAUCCCUACCCGUAUCCUCAUCCACGGCCAGUGGUGGUGCCAGCGCCAGCACCACGUCCUGCCCCUGCCUAUCCAGUCCACCACCCGAAGUGGCCCCACUGGAGACCACACUACAAGGCCUGAGCACCCAGAAGACAGCCGAAGGAGAGGAGCCUUAGCUGCAAGAUCCGUCUCUCUCUCUCUCCCUCGAUAGCACUGGGGGGCUGGGGAGGAAAGCUUACUUUCCCCCUCUCUGGUUGAAGAAAGAAAGAAAUAAAAACCCAGUAGUCACA